AUGGUCUUUCUGAAUACAUUAUUACAUCUGUUAACUUUCAGUCUAUGUUUAUUUAGGCCUAUUGAAAUGCAAGAUUUAUUGUCUUCCCCAAAUAAUUAUCUUUCUUAUGGGCAUAGUGAAAUUUGUAAUAACAAUGAGACCCUCUGUACAACAGAAAUAUUAGAACUAGGAACUAAUGAAUCAGAUGUAAAUUCCACACUAACUAUAGUUUCAACAAACUUUGGAGAUCAUGAUGAGAAUCUGACUCUGAAUAAUGUUACACAAGUGGAAAAUCAUACCCUUCCAGUUACUUUAGAGAACACUUUUUUGGUAUCAGAACCAUCAAGUAGCAAGUCAACAGAAAGUUCAUAUGUGGCUGUCACUACAAGUGUAUUGCCAGUGAGUGAAAAACCACGAUGGAUUCCUGAGGAAAAUUGUGCCUGUGAUUUAGAGUUAAAUUCAUGUGACAUAAACUGCUGUUGUGAUGCUGACUGUUCAGAGGAGGACCGAUUAGUUUUCCUCAGAUGUGAAGAAAAACCACCAUUGUCUCCAGAUCCUCGAUAUUGCUACAGAACCCAGUUUAUAUAUAAAAACAACACAAAAUAUAAAUUAACUACUACUAGUAAUGGUCUGUUUUGCAUUGUGAAAGAAAACCUUCCAAAGCAUUUGAAAUAUAUGGAGGGAAAGGUUGUCACAAACAUAGAAGAUUUUAAAAAUGCUCUGCCUAUAAAAAACACAUACCCUUGGUCAGAGAAUUUUGCAAAUCACAGUGUCUUCAAUUUCAGUGGAAAUUACAAGGCAGCUGAUAUUAUUUGGACCUUUCACAAUUCUACAAUGCAUCCAUUAAGUUUCCCAACAAAGUUAACAAAUGAAUACUGCCAAGUGACACAUACACUCCAGUAUUUGAGGGAAUGGUCAGGCCAUUGCACUCGCAUUGUAAGCUCCUGCGAUGCUGAUGAUGGCCUGAGUGCAGCCUGGUAUUAUAAACAUUUCACCAUUCUUGCUGAUCCUCUUUCUGUCAACCAGAGUCAUCUUGACACAUUUCUUGAGUCAUGUCCUAAUAAUACCUGCCUUCAAAUAAUACCAUUCUUUUGUGAUGGUACUUCCACUGACAUGGACGAAUGUGUCGAAGUGGAUGGAAUUGAAACUCCAUCUUUGGACAAUGACAUGAUCAGAUGUACAAAUGUGGUUCAAACUGUGAAAUAUGUGGUACAUCACAAUGGUAGUGAAGGAGUUUUAAAAAUGGAAGCUUUUUUCUGGCUCAUCAACAUCACAUUAACAGAACAAGUUUUUACCCAGGACUUUGAAAUUUUGUUCACCUGGUUUGGUAAACAAAGGAAACCAUUCCAACGCAGUGGCAGGCCAGGUUAUAUUUUUGGUAAACCCAUUAUGGCUGGAACGAAAGUUUUUCAGCCAUCUGCACAGGAGCAGGAACCUGAUCGAGAAGCAAUAAUGCUAAGUGAUGAUCCACUGGGGUGGCUGACUAUUGCUAGACCUCUGUCUGAUGGUUCUUGUGGACUAGUUCAUGAAUAUGCUAGCAGAAGCAUUGUGACAUUUGGCGAAAAUCAGAGAACUUCAUGUGUCAUGUACCUCCAUUUAUCUGACUUCAGUAAUAUGACAUCGUGUACCUCAAUACAGAGGAAGGUAUUUCAUAUAAUGCUUGGCAACAAUGCUGAAAAUAUAACUGAACUUCAAUUAUUCAAUCUUUAUGUGGCUACAUUUGGAGAUUCCAGUGUGGAGGAUACAGGUGACUGGGUGCCUGUAUUAUUUGAAAAUAUUCCUCAGUCUGAAAGUUCUCUGGAUAGAAAUGGUAAUGUUUUUAAAUGUAGAAAUAUUAUCACUACAUUUCAUACUUCUAUUUUGUAUUCAUAUACUGGAUCUGUUCUUAAUCCUCAGGCAAAAAUAGUUGGCACAUCCUUCACAUUUGGCACACCACAUGAUCUUAUUUAUAGAUGCUUGCACCCAGGUUGUGAACAGAUUCAACUGUCAAGCAAACAAAUUCAGAUAGUCAGUUCUGUUUCAUUUUAUGAUGUAUCUUCUGAACCAGAAUUAUAUUUUUCAAAGCCCCCAGUAUAUGAAGUGAAACUUCCAUUUGAUUUCUUUUAUCCUUUUUUAUCAAACACGCAAUCAACAAAUGUUGUUAACUACACAAAAAUACUACCUAUUUACUUCUUUUUGCUUACAACACAUACAUUUGCAUAUAAUAUACUUUUUGAAGUGAAUUAA